AUGCAGCCGAAUCUGUUCCCAUUCGGUAGCGUAUUCGGAGGAGGUGGAGGAGAAGGCAGCGGCGGAAUGGAUUUGUCUAAAGUCGGUGAGAAGAUUUUGAGUUCUGUUCGUUCUGCUAGAUCUCUAGGUCUUUUGCCUCCCACCGUUGAUCGACCGGAGGUUCCAGCUCGAGCUGCAGCUGCUGCUGCUGUUGCUCGUGUGCUUGCAGGAAUGCCUCCUCAUCAGCGGUUUAAUCUUCCUUCAAGUUCCGAAGAACUUCGAUCAAUAUAUGGAAGCAGACCCCAAGGCCACACAGUGGAGGAGCUGGAAGAAGACUUCUAUGAAGAGGUUUCUACUUGUUUUAAAUGUUCUUCUGUUUUUAUGUGGCAUGUCAAUAAUGUUUUCAUGAAGAUGGUUUAUUUGUCAGAAAAUGCUGCUAGAGCAUACUUGUAG